AUGGCCCCUGGGAGGGCAGCCUUACCCCGGCCACUCCGGUUGCUCUGCCAGGCAUUGAUUGCUGGUGCUCUUAUUGUGAUCGUGAUCCAGACGGCCUAUGUGCUUCACACCAGCUCGCCCUAUUUCAAUUGGGAAAAGCCAACCCACUCUCCACCGAAUGGCCGACCGCAAAAACCCCAGCGUUUGCCUCCAUCGAGCAAGUGGAAUGAGUCUGAGUCCACGCCGAACUGCGAAAUGUUUCCGGCCGCUGCCUUUGCAGAGGAUGGGAUACAAGUGACGUUGAAGGUCGGGGGAGCCGAGUCUCGCGAGCUACUCCGUUCGCAUAUUGAGGGUGUCACAAGAUGUAUCCCGAACCUUUUUGUUGUAUCCGACAUGCAACAGCAGAUUGGUCCUUUCAUUACCCACGACCUGCUAGCAGAUGUGGUUCAUGUGCUAUCGGAGGAAGACAAAGCGGCAUACCAGCGGCAGCGAGAAGACUAUUACUACUGGAACAAAAGGCUAGAGCCUUCCAAAGCUGGAUGGAAACUGGACCGAUACAAGUUCCUGUCCAUGGUCGAAUACGCCUACGCCCAGAAUCCGAAUGCCAAAUGGUAUGUGUUUACGGAGACCGACACUUUGGUUAUAUGGCAAAACUUGGUGCAGCUUUUGGACCGUUACAAAUGGAUUGAUCCUGUAUAUCUCGGGUCUCCUACUCCGGGCAGGCAGCUGGGGACUUGGUGGGAGCCGCAACCAACCUUUUUCGUCUAUGGCGGAUCCGGAAUCGUACUCUCGGUCACUGCGAUAGAACACCUGCUACAUGAAGCUGGAGAAGAAAGUGCCGAAGCCGAGUCAGAUCAUGAAUCGCAGCUUUUGAUCACCAAGUUCCAGGACAUGGUUAGAGAGGAUUGCUGCGGAGACUCGGUCCUUGGCUGGGUUGCAGCACAGCGAGAUGUUGAAAUCAAGGGGCUAUGGCCCAUGUUCAAUCCUCACCCUCUACACAGCACACCUCUAGGCAAAGCUUACUGGUGCCAGCCCGCAAUCAGCUUCCACAAAAGUGCCCCCGUCGAUAUGGUGGAACUGUGGAAUUGGCAGCAAAAGAGAUUAAAAAACGGCACUGAUCCGCGUCUAAUCCUUUAUUCUGACGUCGUCGACUUCUUCGACUUCGAAUCUCUUCCUGUCCGUCAAGACUGGAAUAACGCCGACAUGGAUGCUUUUGACGCACCCACGCCUGAAGCCCACGAUUCCUUCGACUCUUGCAAGGAAGCAUGUCACAACCACGCCGACUGCUUUCAAUUCACCCAUCACCGCAAAAAGUGCCGUAUGGCGCGAGUUAUCAGGCUCGGCAACCCCGUACUCCCGGAUGGGGAAGAUGAUUUAGAGACCGAACGCUCGCUGGCGGGUUGGGAUGUUGUGAAGAUCAAGGCAUUCAAGGAGGCCCAUGACUGUAAAGAGGUGGAUUGGCCGGAGCCGAGUACGGAGCGGAUAUUCUAG